ACCUGAAACGUACAUAAGAAACAUUUAUCACUGAAUUAAAACAACAUUCGAAAAUUAUUUUUACAGUUCAGGGUCUUAUAAAAGGAGGCUUGUGCCUUAAAAAAAUAAAAUGGAACUUGAAUCUCCGAACAAACAAUUUCACAGGAAAAUAUCAUGCUUACGGAGGUUUUUUACUCUGCUGUGUCUAGUGGUUAUCUUGUGUUUUCUGGUUGUAUGGACUUAUAUUGGUAAUGGAAGGAAGAAACAACCUCAACCAAGCAUUUUGUCUCAGCACUUUGCAGGACUCUCUAACUCUCCAAACUCCACUUCUCCUUCAGGAUUCAGUUCAGAAGAGUCAGUUAUAAGCUCAUUUUACUCUGAAUUUGGAAUCCUUUUAGAUGACUACUCCAGGUUACAGCAGGCUGUUUACUGGGACGGGCCUGACAGAUCAAUCACAAAUGUGUCCAUGAGUACUAGUCCAGCUCACACCACAUUCAUCAUAGAGAACCUGAAAGAGAGCUACCAAACUGGUGAGGAACUUUUUGUUACGGUGCACGCAAGAGACUUUGAUGGUAAAUCCAAGAUUUAUGGAGGUGACUUUUUUCAAGCCAAGCUGUUCUGGUCUAAAACUAAGUCAAGUGUGUUUGGGGAGGUGGUGGACCUGCACAAUGGAUCCUACUCUGUGCGUUUCCUCCUGCCAUGGGCCGGUGAGGCCCAGGUGGCUGUGCGUCUAAUUCACUCCAGUGAAGCUGUGCAGGUCCUGAAGCAUCACAGAGAUACUGACUCUGACAGGGUGUACUUUAAUGGAUAUUAUGAGGGACCAGGACCAAAUAAGACCAGGCUGAGUGAAACAGUGAUGUGUAAUGUUAAGUGGGACAAGAAUGGACUUGAGCAUAUGGGAACUGAAAAUUGUUGCUGUGAUUACAAAGAUCCCCAUACCAAAGAAAUAUGGCGCUGCCAGAGACCCAAAUCCCUGCCAUGCAGUGCUCUUGUGUACCACUCUAUGGGUGGUUAUAGAAACCGUCUGACUGGUAAAGAGAAGGAGCUUAUGAAGCAAACUAACAAAUAUAUCAAUGGAGAUAAGAGCAUCAUCAAAAUUUUUCAAUCCCAUGGAAAUGAAACUGUUGAUGUAGCAGAGAAAUGUCAUCCUGGUUUACACACUCCAGUUCCAGCUGGCUUCUACCUGAAUGAUGUGUGGACAUCUUUUGUCUGUAGCACCCGCCAUUUUACAACCCAAGCGACAACAGAGUGCCUGAAAGACAAACACAUUUACAUGAUGGGAGACUCUACUAUGAGACAGUGGUUUGAGUUCAUUGUGAAAGUAGUACCAACUCUGAAGCAGAUGAACCUGCAUGUCCAGUAUCAGUCAGGGCCGCUUCUAGCAGUGGAUGUGGAGAACAACAUUGACUUACACUGGAGGGCUCACGGCAUUCCUCUGCGCUGUCGAAAAUCAUAUGUUGCUAAUCUGCACUACAUCAGUAAUGAGAUCGAUGACCUGGCUGGAGGACCCCACACAGUCAUUAUGUUCAAUCUGGGGCCCCAUUUCACAACAUACCCUCUGGAUUUCUACACCCAUAGAGUGUUGACAAUCCGCAAAGCUGUUCUAGAAUUGUUACAGCGGGCGCCUGACACUACUGUUAUAAUCAAGACUGUCAACACUGGCUAUAAGGACAUUUUCGGCAGUGAUUGGUAUUCUCUACAGUUGGACAGAAUCCUCCGUUGGGCUUUUCAGGAUGUUGGUGUUUAUAUUCUGGAUGUGUGGCAAAUGACGGCCUGUCACUACAGCAAAGAGAACAUUCAUCCAGGCCCUGUCAUCAUCAAAAAUGAGAUAGACAUUUUACUUUCUUUUAUUUGCCCUGAAUUAAUUUAACUGUGAACAGUAAGUUUUUAUAUAGCUAUAAAAACAUUCAUUGAUUCUGCACUCCAAUAAUUUGUAAACAUGAAAGUCAUGUUUACAACAAGUCACCUAGAAUAACUACUGCUGACACAUUGGAGAUAACUGGAGUUGUAUUCCUGCUUCUAAAUGCAUUUGUCACAAUACUGUCUAUAUAGUCAUUGCUGAAUAACACAUUUGGGUUAUCACAAGUAUAAAUACUGUGGAGGAUAAUCAGCUUAAUCUUCUCUGCAUAAGUAGGCUAAUUCUCUAAAUUGAAUUAGCUCAAAAUGAAAUAAUAUAAAAAAUAAAAGCAAUAUCAUAGCCAACUAGAGGUGGUUAAUUCAAUAAGAAUGCACAGAAAAUAGAUCAGAUCCACAACAACAAACGAGAACACAAUUUUUAGUCAAAGUAAUAUGAUCCUUUGAUCCUCAUUUUAUCUGUAUCUUGCACUUGACCGUUUUAGUUUACUUUUCCUUGAAAAUAUUUAAAGGGUGCAAACUGAACAGACAAAACAUUUUGGUGAGCACCACUAUAAAGUCAUAAUUUAAUAACUUAAUUUAAUACAAGUCAUAACAAAACACACCUAUUUUGUAACCUUAAAAUGUGUAGCAGCCUUAAGGAAAGUACUGUUAACAAAUAAUUUAACUUCUUAACUUUUGAUUCAUUGAGACACCAGAGUUUUCUUACAGCAGUCACAUCUUGCACAUAUGUGCGUUAAGCACACCGAAAACUGGUAGAGCACAUCAGGUUGGAAUUUUGUUUUCAGUUCCACUUUGAAUACAAACGAAUUUUGAGACUCGUUUAUCUCCCUUUUGUUUGCAAAAUGGUGGUGAAACUCGUUAGUCACAUUCCUGCACGCAUGUUAAGAUCUUCCAACCAGACAUACAUUCUUAUGUGCAUGUCUUUUCUUUCUUUCUU